AUGGAUUCAGGGAACCUCACGUGGAUAUCAGAAUUUGUCUUCCUAGGGUUCUCACAGUACCAGGAACUCCAGCUUUUCUUGUUCCUGGUGUUCCUGUUUGUCUACACCACCACUGUCAUGGGAAACCUCCUCAUCAUAGUUACAGUGACCUCUGAUUCCAGGCUCCACACACCCAUGUAUUUUCUGCUGAGAAAUAUGGCUGUUAUAGACAUCUGUUUCUCCUCAGUCACUGCCCCAAAGAUGUUGGUGGACUUCCUUGCUGAGAAGAAGACCAUCUCCUACCAGGGCUGCAUGGCCCAGAUCUUCUUCUUCCACUUUCUGGGAGGUGGGACUCUCCUCUUCCUCUCAGUGAUGGCCUAUGACCGCUACAUAGCCAUCUCCCGACCCCUCCACUAUGUCACCAUCAUGAACACUCAAGUGUGUGUGGGGCUGGUGGUGGCUGCCUGGGUAGGGGGCUUUCUCCACUCCAUUGUCCAGCUGGCUCUGAUGCUCCCAUUGCCUUUCUGUGGACCCAACAUCCUAGAUAACUUCUACUGUGACAUUACACAAGUGCUAAGACUUGCCUGCACAGACACCUCCCUGCUGGAGUUCCUUAUGAUCUCCAACAGUGGGAUGCUGGUCCUUAUCNGGAAAGUCUUCAUGGAAUGUGACAGUUUAGAUUAA